CCGUGAUGCCGAUUGGCUCCUCCCACGCUCCGUACGUCACCGUCAUUGCUGCGCGACGGGAGGAAGUUCGUUUGCUCUGUCGGCUUUCCCCGGUAAUAAUGGAAAGCUUCCGCGCUUUCCUCCGUCCCUGCGGGGCUGCGAUGGGAGAGCCGGGCGAAGGGUCGUUCCCGGGCCGGUCCGGACGGGGCUCCGGAUCCCACGAGGCGCUGGCCGUUGCCGCCGCUGCCCAGCCUCCCGACGCGGCCGCUGAGGAGACGGACGGGGAGGAGAACGGGGAUUCCAGGGAGGCUGCGGCCGAAGACGCUGAGCUCAAGGGCCAGGAAGCAUCAGAUUUAACAGGAACUGGAAGAGAGGAUUCAUCAUUACUUCCUCCUUCAGCCAAGAAGAUGAAGAUAGAAACUAAAGAAAGGAGAGAGAAAAUGCACAAAGUAGAUGAAGAUGAAAUUCAGAAGAUGCAAAUCCUGGUUUCUUCUUUUUCUGAAGAACAGCUAAAUCGUUAUGAAAUGUACCGUCGAUCAGCAUUCCCUAAAGCUGCUAUUAAACGGCUGAUCCAAUCUAUUACUGGCACCUCAGUAUCUCAGAAUGUCGUCAUUGCUAUGUCAGGCAUUUCUAAAGUAUUCGUUGGGGAAGUGGUAGAAGAAGGGGGAAGAGAGAAGAAGAGUGUGGGAAGGAAAGAACUGAUGAGGGCUGGGGCUGGAACUGUAAAGAUCUAAAAGCCUCAGGAAAUCAAUAGUACCAAGGAUCAAAUGCAAGAGUUCUACUCAUCUCUAUCGCACUUCUACCAGAUCAGAUUUUCAACUAAGCUCUGUGCUUACCAUUUUUGUUGUUUUUAGUUUCAAAUAAACUGUUAUAGAAGGAAGAGACAACAUUGGCAUUGCACCCUUGUUUACUACUAUUACAUUACCACAAUGAAUUUAGUUCCUUCUUAUAUCUAACAAA